GGCCAGCCCCGGAAGUCAGCAGGCGCUGGGAGGGGUGGGGGAGAUAGCGGCGGCAGUAGCCCCGGCCCUCAGAGAGCCGGCAGGGAGGGAGGGAGGGUGUCGGGGGUACUGCCCCCCACCAUUCCUACCGAUAUGGGCCCAGCUUCCCACUCCCACCACCCCUCCAUCGGCCGGGGCUAGGACAUCCCCAAAUCCUGUCGCCCCCUUGGCACCGACACCGAGACAGAGAUACAGCCAGCCGCCACCACCGUUGCCGCAGCCUGGCUGGGGAGGGGGCCCGUCCCCCAGGCUCCCCGCCCCAUUGAGGUGACCAGAAUGGAGCUGUGGCCCGGGGCCUGGACGGCGCUGCUGCUGCUGCUGCUCCUGCUGCUGUCCACCCUGUGGUUCUGCAGCUCCAGUGCCAAGUAUUUCUUUAAGAUGGCCUUCUACAACGGCUGGAUCCUCUUCCUGGCGAUCCUCGCAAUCCCCGUGUGUGCUGUGCGAGGGCGCAAUGUCGAGAACAUGAAGAUCUUGCGUCUGCUGCUGCUCCACGUCAAAUACCUGUAUGGGAUCCGAGUGGAGGUGCGCGGGGCUCACCACUUCCCUCCCACGCAGCCCUACGUGGUUGUGUCCAACCACCAGAGUUCCCUCGACCUGCUUGGAAUGAUGGAGGUCCUGCCAGAUCGUUGUGUGCCCAUUGCCAAGCGUGAGCUACUAUGGGCUGGCUCUGCUGGGCUGGCCUGCUGGCUGGCAGGAAUCAUCUUCAUUGACCGGAAGCGCACAGGGGACGCCAUCAGUGUCAUGUCCGAGGUGGCUCAGACCCUGCUUACCCAGGAUGUGAGAGUCUGGGUUUUUCCUGAAGGAACAAGAAACCACAAUGGCUCCAUGCUGCCCUUCAAACGAGGCGCCUUCCACCUUGCAGUACAGGCCCAGGUCCCCAUCGUCCCCAUCGUCAUGUCCUCCUAUCAAGACUUCUACUCCAAAAAGGAAAGACGCUUCACCUCACCUGGACGUUGUCAGGUGCGGGUGCUGCCCCCAGUGCCCACAGAAGGGCUGACACCAGAUGACGUCCCAGCUCUGGCAGACAGCGUCCGGCACUCCAUGCUCACCAUCUUCCGGGAGAUCUCCACUGACGGCCUGGGUGGUGGCGACUGUCUGAAGAAGCCUGGGGGAGCGGGCGAGGCCCGGCUCUGAAAUCCACCCCCUUCUUCCUCCCCGUACCUCCCACCCAGGGUCUGAGGCAGGGCCAGGCCCUCUUCCCGGGUCCCCACUCCUUACUCUCCUUUUGGAAUCCUCAACUUCUGAAGUGAAUGUCACUCCAUGUUCUUUCCCUGCCCCACCCUUGGACUCUCCUGCGUGGGUGCAGUCUCCACUCCAAGCCCCACCUGCCAUCUUGUCUUGUGGGACAGUUGCCUCCCCUCAUCUCAAGUGGCUCAUCCGAUACAAGGGUGGGAGACAUUCCAUCCCACCCGUCCCUCAGUGGUCUUUGUGUGGCCUUCUCUCCCUCUCCGCCCUACACUGGACAAUGGACUCGUCUGUUGCGUUCUGUGGAGCAAUCUAUCCUUCACCCCCAAGUCCACAGCCUGAUGGGGCUCGUCUCCUAGUGAGGACUCCUCAUCCUGUGGCUGGAAGCUGCACCUGACACUCCUCACAGGCUCACCUGGGGACUGACUGCCUCAGUACUGUCACCUCCAUGGGGCUGACACCCACCAUGGGGCUGGCUCGUGUAACUCAGAGGUCUCAUCCCUGCCCAUGCCAGGGCUGAGCACACUCCAGAUGCCAAUUUCUGCUUCCCCCUAGCCUCGCCCCUGCCCCAGGUAGUGGUCUUCAGGGUCCUGGCCCGGCACCAUCUAACCAAAUUCUGGAGAGGCAGACGCCAGAAGCUGCUCUCUGCUCCCUGGGGCCUUAGCGAGAAGAGCCUGACCCUGGGGAGAAGGAGAGGAGGGCGCUUAAUUUAUUUCUCUCUCUUUUUUUUUUUUUUUUUUUGAGGUACCUCCCUCUCUGAGCCAAUUUUCAUUUCCUCCCAGUGGCGUUGGCCACCCCUGCCUCCCACUCUAGACCCAUUCCUAAAACCCAGGAGGUAGACUGGGGGAAGAAGGAAGGGGUGGGAUCCAGUUUUGUGUGGUUGGUUUUUAUUAUCUGGAUAACAGCAAGCAACUGAAAAUAAAGAGAAAGAGAGACGUGGGGUUCUCUGCGGCCUGUUGCACCUCA